AUGUCUGAAUCAGAACAUCAAAAUGUCGGGCGCAGCCCUCUUGGCUUUGCUGGGCCACUAUCUCUCUCGAUGCCUUCUUUCGACUUUUGGUAUUCGAGCACCUUCUGGCUGUACCUUUUCCUAGGUCUCUGGGUUCAUCGUUAUUUCCGUCUUCUAGUCCACUGCGUCAGCCAUUGGACAUACAAGUCAAAGCCCAUUCCCAGUAAACCGACCUUCACUAGCAAGGACGUUACUGUUGUCAUCCCCACUAUCCAUAACGCUUUUGAGGAGCUUCGCCCUUCUCUGGAGAGUAUUCUGGCUUGUGAGCCGGCUGAGCUGAUCCUGGUCACAACGCAUGACAAGCGAAAGGGGCUUCAAAAGUUGGCUGACUCUCUGGUCUUUCCCAAAGUUCGAGUUCUGGACACCCCCAUCGCGAACAAGCGCCUUCAAGUGUGCGAGGCCCUCCCCAAGGUUGAGACGCCCAUCACUAUCAUGGCGGACGACGAUGUGACUUGGCCCUCUACUCUUAUGCCGUGGAUUUUGGCCCCAUUCGAAGAUCCUGAAAUCGGUGGUGUUGGAACUUGCCAACGGGUUCGACGGGAGCACGACGGUUCUUGGUCGACCAAGGCUUGGAACUGGUUGGGUGCUGCUUACAUUGAGCGCCGCAACUUUGAAAUCUCUGCCACACACAACAUCGACGGCGGCACUUCCUGCAUGUCUGGCCGCACCGGUGCCUACCGCUCUGAAAUUCUCUCGAGUCACGAUUUUCUCCACGGCUUCAAGAAUGAGAAGUGGAGAAAGUGGAUUUUGAACGCUGACGACGACAACUUUGUGACUCGUUGGCUGGUGAGCCACCAAUGGAAGACAUGGAUUCAGUACGAGAAGGAGUGCGAGAUUGAGACAACAUUGGAGAACAGUACCAAGUUUCUGUACCAAUGUUCUCGUUGGGCUCGAAGCAAUUGGCGAAGCAACUGGACCAGCAUGGUUACUGAGCGUUACAUUUGGAAGCAACAAUUGUGGUGCACAUACGCUCUUCAUUUCGCAACUUUCACUUCGCUGGCUUUUCUCGUCGAUCCACUUCUUCUCGCUUCGUGCUGGUGGGGAACCGCAGACUGGGAUAUGCAGAACCGCAGAUACGCUUUCUGGUCUCAAUUUGUUUUCAUGUUCGCCUUUACCAAGGUGGUCAAGCUGAUGGGUUUGUUUAUUCGAAACCCCAGCGAUGUCAUGUUUCUGCCCGUUUCGGUCGUGUUUGGAUAUUUCCACGGAUUGGUCAAGCUCUAUGCCCUGAUCACAUUGAAUAUGACGUCUUGGGGCAGCCGAGCUGACGGUGAUGCCAACGAUGAGCAGCGAUUGGCCCCGGCCCCUCAGCCUUCCAUUGUUUUGAAGACUCCUCCCGGAAAGGGCUCGCUCAUUCGUUACAAUGCUCGCCAGAAGGGACGACAGACGCAAGCACAGCAAGUCUCGUGGGAGAAGAGCGAUUAUGCCUCCUACGAUUCAAGCACAUCGUAUGUACCAAUACGGGUGCAUACACCUAUGGCAACAACGCCAAUUGACGCCAAGCUGUAUACGAACGAGAGUUCGAACACUUGUUGGGCAAUCUGA